UUGGAGUGAAGUGUGUGUGCAGGAUGACCGAGCGUCUCUCUCUCUCCGUCACACACACACCUCAUGCGUCUGCUGGAGCUCUUUAUAUUCGGCGUCUGGAGCUCUGCUGGCCGUGAGUCUCCAUCAUGACACACUCCUGCAGCUCUCAAGACACGGCCAGGGUCCUCCUGAUGGUGUGUGUGUGGGGAAUCCUCACUAUGGACACUGCGCAGUUCCCGGUUCCUGAGGGCUUCAGAUAUAUGCUGUAUCCGGUGUCGGUGAUGGGGCCAUUCGGGCCUCAGACGGUGCUCCUCCCGAUAAGCGCAGCACAGACAAACACACAGAUCCAGAAAAAUCCACCAGCGAAUAACACAGAGGUUCGUUCUCAAGGUUUGUCUGGCCCCGCCCCAGUCUCCAACUCUGGACCCGCCCCCAGCCCCGCCCCAGUCAUUAACGCCGGCCCACCUGAGUCCUCAGUUCUGCAGGGACAGAUGUCAAAUCUCCUGCCCUCUAACGUCCCUCUGCAGGUGUACUCGUUUGUCCAGCAGGCUGUGAUUGCUGAAUCAGGCAGUUCAGAGGAAGGAGCCGCUACUCAGGUCAUUUACAUGGUUCCCAUCAGUGUGGAUUCGGCCAACAUGGGUGUGAUGGAGGGCACAGUGCCCAAUCCUGACCCAGGACACCUUCAGAUUGGAGCCAGCACUUCCGCUGCACCCAGCGCCGCACCACCACACGCUCAGGGCCAGAUGGGCAAAACUAUGGCCACAGAAUCGGCGAUCCAGACAGAAACUCUGGGAAAUAAAACACUCUGA